AUGAUGUAUUUAUUGUUGUUUUGCUCAAUAUUAAUAGCUGCAUCAUUACUGAUCGUAUAUGCCAUGGUGCUAUAUCUUUCACAUAACCCAAGGAAACCUUUCCCUCUGGAACUAAGAUAUUACACUAACGAUGAUAAACAAAUGCUGCAUGAAUUACCCCCAACAAUUAAUUCCACUCUGUCAACAUUCGAAGACCAUGGCAUAGAUAUAAGCAUUGUUAUACCUUGUUUCAAUGAAACCAAUAGGUUAGGAAAAAUGUUAAAUGAAGCAAUUGAGUAUUUGCAAAAGAAUUAUUUAAAUGCAUACGAAAUAUUAAUUGUGGAUGACGGAUCGUCUGAUGGAACGGCCGAAUUUGCUUUAAUGAAAGCUCAAGAGUUGAAACUUCCUCCCCACAUUUUAAAGGUAAUAAAGCUUCAGAAAAAUAGAGGAAAAGGUGGAGCUGUCACCCACGGUCUUUUACAUUGUAGUGGCAGAUUAGCUUUAUUUGCAGAUGCAGACGGAGCGACUAAGUUUCAAGAUAUUGAAAGACUUAUCGAGUACCUUGAUAGUGUUGAUAGAAAUGAAGCAGCAGUUACCAUAGGAUCAAGAGCUCAUAUGGUUAAUACUGACGCAGUUGUUCGGAGAUCUUUCAUUAGAAAUUUUUUGAUGUACGGAUUGCACACUUUGGUAUUUCUUUUUGGAAUAAGAGGAAUCCAAGAUACGCAAUGUGGAUUCAAAAUGUUCAAUUUUCAAUCUAUACAAAAAAUAUUUCCUCAUAUGCAUACAGAAAGAUGGAUUUUUGACGUGGAGGUCCUCUUAUUGGGAGAGAUACAAGGCAUGAAGAUGAAAGAAAUCGCUGUUAAUUGGAAGGAAGUUGAUGGAUCAAAAAUUGAUUUGGCAAGAGAUUCUAUAGGAAUGGCAGUCGACUUAGUAGUCACCAGGCUUGCUUAUCUAAUGGGAAUUUAUAAAGUAGAUGAGUGCGGUGGACUAACGAAGAAAGAUCAAUAG